AUGGACGACAUUUUUAAUCCAUUAGAUAUUUUAUUUUCUAAAUAUAAAAAUAUUAUGGAUGAAGAAAAUGAGGCUAUUAAUAUAUAUAAUGGGGAAUGCCAACGCGCUAAUAAAGAUGUCGUAGGUAUUGAGACCACCAUUUUUGAAAACAAUAUAUGCCCGAAAACGAUAAAAUACUUAUUUACUAUACAUGGUAGCAUUAAUAAUCUGUAUAAGGAUGGGUUAAAAUACUUGUAUUAUUGGCUUUACAUGGAUCAGCUAAACGCUGAAGAAAGUAGUGAUAAUGUUAAAAAAAUUUAUGAAAAAUUACUCUCUAUAUAUAACAAAAGUGAUGUUGGUACGAUGAGACCAAAUGCACUUCAGGAUAAUAUAGACGGAGAUGAAUGGGAAAAGAUUAAAGAUUUAUGUGAUUUUUUUUCUAUAAUUAAUGAUAUAAGGGGAUCUACAUUUAAACGUUGUAGUGAACAAGAUAAGUGUAGAUGCGCGCAGAUAUCUUUUGAUAAAUACAUGCGUCACCACAUAAAAUGUAAGGACAAUAGUAGCCUCCUUUUUUGUAAUGUAUAUGAAAAUAUUGAAAGUGUAUUUAAUGAAUUAAUGUUAACAAACAGUUGCUCUAAAAUUAGAAAUCAAAUGUUAGCUCCAUUAAGUUUUCAAAAUAAGCCAGUAAGCACACCCAGAACUAAUUCUGCACGUACUAUUAUAAUUUCAACUCUUGUGACAAUACUUAUACCAUCUUUAUUAUUCAGUCUUUAUGAGGUUAAUUAUGAUGUUAUUAUACAUAUUUAUUUCACACCGUAUAAUUCAUUCUUCCGUCGCGUAAUAAUGAAAAUAAUAAAUAAGUUGAAUAGCAUCAAUAAAAAAGAAUGGAAUAUAUUGCAGUAUUCCGAUACACCUAACAGUUUUUCAUGGGAUAGAGGUUAUAAUAUGUUAUAUAAUUCUACCUAA